GGUGUAGUUGAUAUGCGCUUCUUCAACAUUUUACACAUUUUCCCUGAGAUUUUCGAGAGAGAAAGUAGAGUUUUCAAUGGCGACAUCGAAACUACAGGCUCUCUGGAACCACCCUGCUGGUCCCAAAACUAUUCAUUUCUGGGCUCCAACUUUUAAGUGGGGGAUCAGCAUAGCUAAUAUUGCAGAUUUUGCCAAGCCACCCGAGAAACUUUCAUAUCCACAACAAAUAGCUGUCACGGCCACUGGUAUUAUCUGGUCUCGCUACAGCACCGUAAUCACUCCGAAAAACUGGAACCUUUUUAGUGUAAAUGUUGCGAUGGCUGGAACUGGAUUGUAUCAACUCUCCCGGAAAAUCCGGCAUGACUAUUUUAACGAAGAGGAGACUGCUUCUAUAAAGGAAUGAUGACGAAAAACUCAAGUUGAUCUUAUAAACAUGAUUUGCUCUCUCAAGUUUUAUGUUAUUCUUAACAUUUGUUUUUUGAAGAAUUAUUUUCCAUUCAUUAGUCUUGAAUUGAAGUUUGAUGCUUGUUCUAAAAUAAUAUGUAGCAUCUAAUUCAACCUUUUCAUUUCAUUUCCUUGAAAUGUUGAUAA